AUGUACAUGGAUACGGGUUUAUUUUGGGUUUUGCAUCCUCGUUCUUUCAUUGAUGGAUGGAUGGAUACGGAACUUUCUUUCUUCGGAUGGAAUAUCUCUUCCUCUGCCUUACACGUUUUUUUUCCAUCACUUCACGAGCCUUUUUUAUGCGCCAUUAUGUUUGUUCGCUUGGAUCAUUUAUUUUAUUCUUUAUGUUGUUGUUUGUUUCACUCCUUCCCUCAAGCCUUCUUUUUUUCCCUCUCUCCUCGGUUGUAUGGAUCGGAUCAUCCCCCACAGAUCCGUCGUCGCUUUUCACUCGGGUUCUUCUCUUUCGACCACGAUUCGCGCGUGCGCUUCCGUCGUCGGUCUUACGGCUCAAAAGGAAAAACAUGCUCAGCCCACACACACUUCCACGUUCCAUACUUCGCUCUGUUUACCGCACGCACGCUCUACCCUCGCUUACGGGACAAAAGCUCGGUCGGUACGCUUUUUGCAUUCACAUCGACUAUACCCCCAGCUUUCAACGCCUCCCUUCCUUCGUCAUUUCGUCUUAUUUAUGACCAUUGGACUUUCUGUUUCUUGUGA